UUGAUUCUUGUCUUCGUCUUCACUGUUACCCUGUCUCCAUAACCAACAAACCAUACAAUACAUUAACACCAACCACACUCACUCACUCACUUCACAAUUUUGAGAUCUGAACUAACUCAAUCGAGAUGAGGGAACCGUCGUCGGUGGGAAUCGAAGGCAACAACAACGGCGUCGUUUCUCCUCCGCCGCCGCAAGCUCUCCUCGAGAGGCUCAAGGAUUACGGCCAGGAAGACGUUUUUGCCCUCUGGGACGAGCUCUCCCACGACGAGCGCGAGUAUCUCGUCAAGGACAUCGAGAGUUUAGAUCUUUCGAGAAUUGAUCGGAUUAUUCGUUGUUCGCUACGAUCUCAAGGGCUGCCGGCAGCUGCGAUUGAACCGGUGCCGGAGAGCAGCGUGUCGACGGUGGAUGAGAGAACCCAUGAGGAACGGGAGAGAUGGUGGAAAAUGGGGUUGAAGGCAAUCUCCGAUGGCAAGUUAGCGGUGUUGCUUCUAUCCGGUGGCCAGGGGACUAGGCUUGGAAGCUCAGAUCCAAAAGGAUGUUUCAAUAUUGGACUUCCAUCUGGAAAAUCUCUUUUUCAUCUGCAAGCUGAGAGAAUUUUGUGUGCACAGAGACUAGCAGCUCAUGCUACUGAGAGUUCUGCUUCUUCAGUGCAAAUACACUGGUACAUAAUGACUAGUCCAUUCACUGAUGAGGCAACACGCAAAUUCUUUGAAAGUCAUAAAUUUUUUGGUCUUGAAGCAGAACAGGUUACCUUUUUUCAGCAGGGGACUAUCCCCUGUGUUUCCAAAGAUGGUAGAUAUAUUAUGGAGACUCCAUACAGGGUAGCAAAGGCUCCUGACGGGAAUGGUGGGGUGUAUUCAGCUCUGAAAUCUACCAGACUAUUGGAGGACAUGGCCUCAAAAGGAAUUAAAUACAUUGAUUGCUAUGGAGUUGACAAUGCAUUGGUUCGAGUUGCUGAUCCAUCUUUUUUAGGUUACUUUAUUGAUAAAGGUGUAGCUGCUGCUGCAAAAGUUGUUCGCAAGGCAUAUCCACAAGAAAAGGUUGGUGUGUUUGUACGACGAGGUAAAGGUGGUCCUCUUACUGUAGUUGAAUACAGCGAGUUGGACCCAUCACUAGCUUCUGCAGUUAAUCAAGGAACUGGCCGUCUUCGUUUUUGUUGGAGUAAUGUCUGCUUACACAUGUUCACUUUGGAUUUUCUAAACCAAGUGGCAAAUAGUCUUGAAAAAGACAGCAUUUACCAUCUUGCAGAGAAGAAAAUCCCUUCUAUACACGGAUAUACGAUGGGAUUAAAACUUGAACAAUUUGUAUUUGAUGUGUUUCCAUAUUCUCCAACGACUGCACUUUUUGAGAUAUUACGAGAGGAGGAAUUUGCACCUGUAAAAAAUGCAAAUGGAUCUAAUUAUGACACUCCAGACAGUGCGAAACUGCUUGUUCUUCGACUCCACACUCGUUGGGUAAUUGCUGCUGGCGGUUUCUUGACACAUUCAGUGCCCUUAUAUGCAACUGGUGUUGAAGUCUCACCACUCUGUUCAUAUGCUGGUGAAAACCUGGAACCUAUAUGUCGAGGAAGAACAUUUCAUGCACCUUGUGAGAUUACAUUCUAGUUCCACCCUGUUCUUGCCGGCUUUUGCUCUGACUUAUACUGCGAUGAGGAGUUGUCAGUCCCACACGUUUCAAGAAAAAUUUGUGGAUGCCCCUCAUCAUUCACUUGUAUCAAUAUGUAUGCAUCUUCUCCAAUCUGUUUCUGAUUGGCUUUUGUAUUUUUGUUUAUCUUUUUUGGCCACUGAUUUGUUGUAGUGUGGCUGAGGGAUGUACAUUUAUCACAAUUUUACUGACCGCUUAUUUUCCUUUUUAUUGCAUUUUUAACAGUAUGUCAGUAUUUCACCUGUUGCUGGAGGUAAUUGGGGGAACCUCCCUUCAUUUACCCCUUCACUUGCUAUCUAUUUCUUUCUUCUUUUUCAA